GUGACGUGGAUGAUAAAAAAGGAUGACAAAAAAUCUUUGAUAGUCUCUUUUGUAUUUGAAACCUUUAACAACCGCCAACGCUCUUGCUGAUUAGCGCACUAAGUAGAGCUCUCUCAUUCAAGAGGAUACUCAACUUCCUAUGUCUUCAAUCUGGUUUUGUUGUCCUUCCUUUCUCUCGCAGUCGAUAAUCUCAUGUCCGGCGAAAUUUGCAUUUUCUGUUUCUUCAGCCGCAACUAUCGAUCAUCAACAGCACUCUUAUCUUGCAAACUUGGCAAAACCCUCAAUAAAUCUGAGACCCUUCUUAGCUCCAAGGGGUUUGCGCCUCUCUGAACGUCUCCUCGUUCAAUGCAGUUACCUGUAUUCUCCUAAUCUGCAAAAUGAAACUAGGCUUGUUUACUCGUUCUUCAGGCAAAUUGGGCUCCAAGAUAAAGAAAUAAAAUUCAUUUUGGAGCAGAACCCAUCUCUAAAUUCGACAACUUUUGACUCCAUACGAGCCCGAGUUUUUCUUUUACAGUCAGCUGGAAUUAAAGGUGUUGAACUAUAUCGUUUGAUUAUGAAAUGCCCCGAUGUGUUAACAGCUGCGGAAAUCGAUUCCUUCUUUCACUUUGUGCUUAAUAGUUUACAAGGAAAGAUUGAACCACUGCAGCUCAAACGCCUUUUGGCUACCACUGAACCUAGAUUCUUAGUGGGUUUUGAUCGAAAGGUUAAGCUGCUCCUAGAUCAUGGAGUUCCCCAAGAAAAGCUAGUUCACAUUCUCAACAAUGUCAAUUUAACUAAGGCAUUGUGUUUCAAGUCAAUUGAAGAAAUUGAUAGAAGCAGUACUUUCUUGUGCCGCUAUGGUGGGAUAAACUUGAUCGUUAGACGUCCAAUGAUUCUGAAUUUUGAUUUGGAAACUCAGCUUAUUCCAAGAAUAGAGUUUCUCAAGGAGCUUAGCGGAGGAGAUGAAGAGGCCACCAGGACUUUGUUGUGCAAACUCCCUGCUAUAUUGAGUUACAGCGUGGACCAUACAAAGGGGCAUGUAGAGUUGUUGAGGUCGUUUGCUGGCCUUACUGAUCCACAAAUAUUCAAGAUUUUUCUAGUGUUCCCAAAUGUGAUUAGUGCAAGCAAGGAGAGGAAGUUGCUUCCAAGAAUAGGCUUUCUCAAGCAAUGUGGGUUGAGUUCUGAUGAUAUAUUCAAGUUCUUGACUAAAGCCCCAUUGUUUCUUGGCCUCUCCUAUGAGGAGAACCUUGUGCAUAAGCUUGUUGUUUUGGUGAAGAUUGGUUAUGAAUAUAGAACAAGGGACUUGGCUGUGGCACUUGGAGCUGUAACUAGAACAAGCUGUGAGAAUUUGCAGAAGGUGAUUGGGCUAUUCUUUAGUUAUGGGUUUUCUUCUGCAGACAUUCUUGCCAUGAGCAAAAAGCACCCUCAGAUUCUGCAAUAUACCUAUACUUCUCUGCUGGAGAAGAUGGAGUACUUGAUUGAGGGAAUGGGUAGAGAAGUUGGAGAGCUAUUGGCUUUCCCUGCAUUUCUUGGUUACAAGCUUGAUGACAGAAUUAAGCCUAGGUAUGAAGCAAAAAAGAAUGUUAUAGGGGAAGGGAUGUCCCUUAAUAAGCUGUUGACCGUAUCAGCUGAUAGAUUUUCAGCGAGAAGGAGAAAUCCCAUCCUUGAUUGGCAGACUGAAUGAGUUGUAAAAUUUAGAUGGAGUUAGCUGUUUUUCUAUACUAUUCUCAUUUGAUUUUAAACCAUUUACUUUUAUUCAUUAAUUUAAAUAAAUUAUUUGUAUCAAUUUCAAUAAUAU